AUGAAGAAGGCGUCCGCGGCGUCGCGCUACGCGGCCUACGACUCCCCGUCCCCGUCCCCUUCGCCGCGGCGCGCGGCGUCUUCCGCGGCCGCCGCGACCCCGGGAGGAGCGCACGGCAGCAGCCGCGCGUUGGUGGUCGCGGGGAGAUCCGGCCGCGAUCUACUGGGCGCCAAGCCGCAGCCGCAAGCCCACGGCAACCUGGGCUCCGUGCUACGGCGGCUCAUCUCCAUGGACAAGAAGCCGCCUUCCUCCAAGAACCAGCUCCCGGUCCCUCCUGCCGCCGCCGCCGCCUCAGCGAAGAACAACGGCGGCGGGAAGCUGCCGGGCUGUCGCGGAAGUUGUUCCAGAAAGCCUCGUCCACCGAGGCGGCGGCGCCCAGGAAGACGAAGGCCCUGA